AUGUUUCUGGAUCCCGCAGUGGCCGGAGCGGCAGGCCGGGAGGUCGGGAGGAGCCCUCGGGGUGGCGUGGCCGGGCUUGAGCCACGACGAAUAACGGGCGAGGGGCGGGGAGGGGCCGAAAGUCUGCCGGGGGGCGAGAGGAGAGGGCGAGGGCAGCGGCGCGGGCCGGCGGGAGGGUCCGGCGGAGUGCGGCAGGGGGGAAGGAGAGAAGCGAGGAGCGCUCCUCCGCGCCCCGGGAGCCCGGGAGUGCGGCUGCGGCGGGGCGGGCGCGCCGGGGGAGGGGACAGAACUGGGCCCCCGCCGGAGUCUCCAGGCAACGCCGCCCGCCAGCUAGCGAACGUCAGGCGCCUUCUCGGCCUCCCAUUGGCCGCCGCCAAUUUUUUUCCUCUGGGGAAGGGGGCGGGAGGCCUCGGGGCGGGGCCAGCGACCCGGGCGCCCGGUGCGGCGUGUAGCGUUCGGCCCCAGUGGGUGCCGCCGGGUGGCGGCGGGAAGGCACGACUUUCCUUUUCUGGGGCUGCGCGGUCGGAGAGCCCCGGUACAUUUAGCGUGGCCGGGAUUCUGCAGCCCUGGACGUGUCUUUCCCUGCCCUGUUCUCCGAGGCGGACCUUUGGAGCUUUUAGUUCCCACCUUUGGUUUUGUGCUGGGCGCGGGAAUUGCAAAAUGCCAGAAUAUCGCAACCAUCCGCGCGGCCCAGCGGGUUUGCAAAGGGUGCUUCGGCCAGGAGGCGGGGGCUCGGGGCCUGCGUCCUGUCGGUGGCGGCUCCAGCCCGACUGCACGUGGAGUCGCGGUGGGGGUGGGGGUGGGGGUGGCCACGCGGGCGGCCGCCGCGGCACUCUUGCCGGUGGAGCCCGGGCUCGUUUCUCCGCCCCCUCCCCGCCCAGGCUCAGUAAACAGGGCUUGAGCGCCGGGGCCUGCAGGGCAGGCUGAGUGUCUGAGGACAAGGCGCUGGCUUUGCUAAUCACAUCACAAGACCUUGAGCCAGGGCCAAAGGCGCGGAGUGGCGCGGGACGUCCCGGGCGGGGGAGCUGACUCCGAGGACGGGAGGAAAGGCCGGGAGAGCCGUGCGGGCUUGAAGGCGACUUAGCGCCACCCUUUCCGUCUGCUGGUCGGCCCAAGGGCUGGGGGCGCAGCUGCCCGCCGAGGCUCCCCGCCCGGCACAGCCUGGGCCUGUUGCGUCCUCCCAGCCUCUUCUCUCCCCGGCCGUAGGGGCGCCGCGCCCAGCCUUAGCUCGAUGAAGGCUGCAGGAUCCGGCUGAGACCAACCCGCGGCCCAGGUGGGGCUGCACAGACGCUGUAGGUGGGCGCGCCCCCCUCUGUUUUCCCUCUCCCGCCAGCCCCACACCCCAACAGCUUGCGCUGGAAAAUGCGCUUUGCCAGCGGGCGCCCCGCCUUCGUCCGGGUACGGAGCAGACACCCCCACCUAGCGCCCAGUGAGGCUAAAGCCGCUGACAGCCCCACUAGGAACGAUCUGGAGUCUGAUCUAGGGCACUUCUCGCUCCGCGCUCAUACAGGUUGCCAAAAAGCUUGGACCUGAAGCUGGAAGGUCCAGGACCCGCUGGGGAAAGAACUAGGCCUGCCACUCAGGGAUUCGAGUCCUUGGAGUGUAGCCUGCAUUUCCCACUACUGUACUCCCCUCACAGCCCAGGGAGCCAGAGUCCAGGGUAAGGAUCAGGAAUGCUGGGCUGGAGCUCAGGCCCUGCCCCAUAGAAAUCAUGUGGUCUUAGGCAAAUCACAUCAUCUCUUUGGUACUUGGGUUUCCUUGUAAAACGAAGAUAAUAUUCCUGCUUUAUUCAUCUCUCACCUUUGUCAAGGUGCAAAUGAUAUCUGUGAAGGUGUUUAAAAGACAAACAAGAACUAAACCACCUUUAUGUAUUAAACCAAAUUGACAAAGCAUAAGGGUGGAGAAAGCCAGGCUUCUGAACUAUGGCCAGAUGGACAGAGAGCCACAGACUCAUGAGUGCAGAGCUGUGGGGGUACCCAAGUCCUGGACCCUAGGACUCAGAGCCAAGAGUAGGUGACCUCAGAGGGACCAGUUUCACUUUUAGCACCUACCCUACACUGACCCCUUGAUAUACCUGGGCAACUGUGGUCUGGUUUGUUCUUUGGUGAGAUGACCCCAAACAUCUCACCAAACAGUGUGAAACAGCCACUUCCCUAGGCACUUUUAUUAGGUUAGUAACAAGAUUUCAGAUACAGAACCAAUGGAAACAUCUGUUUGAAUCAACGUCCAAAUCUGGGGUGAGUCCCAGUCAACAGCUGUGAGAACACCCACUUUGCAGAUUAGGAUUCUGGAGAUAACAUGUGGACAUUUUAUGGGACAUGCUGUGUACAGAGUACCUGCUAGUAUAAAAUGUAUAAGGUAGCUGCUUUUAUUCCAUUUUAAAUGGAGGAAAAAAGAAGUGCUGGCCAUUUCCAUUGAGCUGGGCUUUGUUGGGCCAGUUUCAUAAUUAUUUUUCUGUGGUUAUCACCACAUUUAUGUUACCAAGUCCCUCACGUCUCACCAGCUAGGUCUUAGAACAAAAAGUGUUAGGUUGGCAACUUUCCCUCAGGUGUGGGCUACACAGCUGCCUAACUAGGUAAUUAAUUCAGGAUCACAGAAACCACAUUUGGGGCCAAGUGGUUGCAAAACCACCCAGGGAAUUUCCUGUUCUCUUUAGGACAAAACUUUGGACACUGAGUUAACUUCUUUCCUGCCUCUUACAAAGCCCCUUUCCUAUACUUCCAGUAUGGCUGCUUUUUUGUUCUUAAAUUCCUUUCUUUUAGUGAUGGGGUCUUGCUGUGUUACUCAGGCUGGAGUGCAGUGGCCUUUCACAGGCAUGAACUCCUGGGCGAUCCUCCCACCUCAGCCUCCUGAGUAGCUGGGAUUACAAGUGUGCACCACCAUGCCUGGCUUACAGCUGCAUUUUUAGUGUUAAAUGUAUCUCUCAAAGAGAGAUGAAUUACAUUUGAAAUAUGAGCUUUUCCGCAGUAGAAAAUGAUUGUAAACUCACUCUCCUCUAACCCGCCCCUUCAGACUCUGAAACAUCAAUAAAUUACUCUAAGUGAUCAUUCA